CACAUCGCUAAGCAUGGCGGCUCGUACUAGGGAAACCGGCAACACAGCUACUGUGGCUGAGACCGCCGUCAAACAAGUCCAGAUCGAUGGCAUGGUGGUGCUGAAGAUCAUUAAGCAUUACCAAGAGGAAGGCCAUGGCAGUGAGGUGGUGCAGGGGGUCCUGCUUGGCCUGGUGGUGGACGAUCGCCUUGAAAUCACAAACUGUUUCCCAUUCCCACAACACACGGAAGACGAUGUCGACUUCGAUGAAGUUCAGUACCAAAUGGAAAUGAUGCGCAGCCUGCGUCACGUCAACAUCGACCAUCUCCAUGUGGGUUGGUACCAGUCCACCUUCUAUGGCACGUUUGUGAGCCGCGCUCUUCUGGACUCCCAGUUCAGUUAUCAGCACGCCAUUGAGGAGUCCGUGGUGCUCAUUUACGAUCCCAUCAAAACCGGCCAGGGCUCCCUCUCGCUGAAGGCUUAUCGGCUGACACCCAAACUGAUGGAAGUCUGCAAGGAAAAAGACUUCUCGGCUGAAGGCCUAAAAAAGGCAAAUAUUGCAUUUGAAGACAUGUUUGAAGAGGUUCCGAUCAUCAUCAAAAACUCCCAUCUUAUUAACGUGCUGGCCUGGGAGCUGGAUAAAAAGGCACCAGUGACUGAAAAACAUGAGCUGCUCAAUCUCUCCAGCAGUAACCACCUGGAGAAAAGCCUGCAGCUCCUUAUGGACAGAGUGGAUGAACUGAGCCAGGACAUUGUGAAAUACAACACUUACCUGCGUAAUAUCAGCAAGCAGCAGCAGCAGAAGCACCAGUACACGCAAAGAAGGCAACAAGAAAACCUACAGCGCCAGAGCCGCGGAGAGACCUCUUUGCCCGAGGAAGAUGUAAACAAGCUGUUUAAGCCCCCUGUGCCUCCUUCCAGAAUGGAUUCCCUUCUUAUUGCAGGUCAAAUCAACACUUAUAUCCAGCACAUAAAGGAGUUCACCUCGCAAAACCUCGGCAAGCUAUUCAUGGCUGAAGCAAUGCAGGAUCCAACCAUCUGAUUCUCCUCCCAGCGAGUCGGCAUCCGGAAACUCAUCAGAUUGUGCCACGUGGGUUUUGUGCAUUGUGCUGCCACAUUAAAUACAAACACAUUUUAAUAUAUUCAAUUUCAGUAUUUUGGUGGCUUUGUCUGUAUUGGUGCAAUGACAUUGUGCCCGGUGGUAAUGUUUAGAAGAUGUAUUGUUUAGCCUAGACAGACAAAACCAAACGCUCUACCAAUCAGGAUCUAUUGGAAGCACUUGUGCUCCCAGCAGCCAGGUCACCCAUCCCCCCCCCCCAAAACUGGAAAAAAUCACCUCCCCCCCAACAGAAUGUGAAUUGGUAAAUGUUAGAAGUGGCAGCUAUUAAAAGCAAGAAAUCUGCACAAAUCUGGUUAGUUUGGCAACAAUUCCCACAAAGCUACAUUUUAUACAUUUUAUAUCCCUUGACAGCAAUUGGUAAUUACACACAACCCCCAGCAUACACCCCAAACUGCAUUGGACGGAUUGUACCACUCAGUCUCCUCCUACCCUUUGUGCCCGUCUAUACCUCAAGUUGCUAAAUGUGAUCUUUCAUAUUGCACUGUAUGCUUCUAGUAAGUUAAAUAACGCAAGGCUUUAUAUUAUUAAUGGUCUGAAUUUUUUACAGUGGCAACUAUUUAAUUGAUAUCUAGGUAUAGACUGCCACCCCCACCCCUUUUUCUCCCUCUGUACCCCACAAAAAUAAAACUUACAAACAAA